CUGGGAGGCAUCGACUAGCUUGAAACGACAAUAUCUUGAAAGGACAGUUUUAACCUUGUCUUUUUUUCUUAUAAAAAUGUUGGUAUGAGUCGCAUUGACAAAGCCCACUUGCUUUAUAUAUACAUCCACAUUCAUAGCAAUUUUCAUUAGUUAAACUCGAGAGACACACAAGAGACCAUGCUAGGUGUUUUUAGCACUGAAAUUGUAACGCCACCGGAGGAGCUGGUGGCUGCCGGAGACCGGAGUCCGUCCCCGAGGACCACUGCCUUGGCUUUGAUGAAACGUUACAUCAACUCUAACCCAUCUUCGGUUUCCAUACAAAUUGGUGAUCAAGUUCACUUGGCUUAUUCUCGCCACAGUGAGUCUCUUCUUCAACCCAGAUCAUUUGGUGUCAAAGAUGAUAUAUUCUGCUUGUUUGAAGGCAUGCUCGAUAACUUAGGUAGCCUCAGGCAACAAUAUGGUCUAGCCAAGUGUGCGGAUGAGGUGAUGCUGGUGAUUGAAGCAUACAAAGCGUUGCGUGACCGAGCUCCUUACCCUCCCAGCCAUGUUGUCGGUCAUCUCGCUGGCAAUUUCGCGUUUCUAGUAUUCGAUAAGUCCACAUCCACAUUGUUCGUGGCUUCUGAUCAGUCAGGCAGAGUUCCUCUUUACUGGGGGAUUACAGCUGAUGGAUUUGUGGCAUUUUCAGAUGAUGCAGAGAUGCUUAAAAGUGCAUGUGGCAAAUCAAUUGCUUCUUUCCCUCAGGGGUGCUUCUUUUCAACCACACUAGGCGAGAUACGAAGCUAUGAAAAUCCCAAGAACAAGAUCAUUGCCAUUCCUGCACCAGAUGAAGAGAUUUGGGGUGCAACAUUCAAGGUGGAAGGACCGGCGGUUGUUUUAGCCAGAGAGUAAACAAAGAGAGGUGACAGUGUUUGAGCCGAGGUCUUCAACCAUGAGAAAUUGCUAAUGUCAGAAUCGUCUAAAUGUCAUGUAGAUGGCUUGAGUGAGACCAGAUCAAAUCCUAAAUAAUUAUAGUUCCUUUUAUGGUAAUCAGCAUAUGGUUAUGUCUUUUUAUGUAUGAACAAUGCAAUAUCCGUGGUACAAAUUAUCAUAAUUAGUGCUGUAAUUUACCGAAGUUAAUAUAUCACCGCCUCCAAAAGAUGCCAUAGCCCUUCCAUCGAAA